AUCACCAUACUACUAUUAUCAUCAUCGUAUUUUCGUUUUCUUUGGUAGGAGCUGAACGAAGUUACUCGAAUCUAAGUUCGUCAACGACUCGGUAGUGCAAUACAUAAUCAGUCAGUCUUGAAUCGGAAUCGGAAGAGUAACUUUUAGAUUUCUGUAACCAUAUCAACGUGAAUUAUUAUUUUCUACUUUGACUCGCGAACGGAUACGACUUUCUCGUAUCCGAUCUUUGAUGUGCGAGUGAAUGAGUGUUAACGAUAUAUUAUUUCCCAUAUAAUCGUUCAUUUUUAUAAAACAUAUAAAAGCAUAUUAUUCGCUAUGGUCACAAAACUUAGAAAUCGUUGAAUACUUUGUUCUUUUUCUUUUCUUUUCUUUUUUGUUUUUCUCCUUUGACAAUAAGUUUGUUCAACGAAUAUAUGUAUUAAUUGCAAAAAUAACGUAUCAAGUGUCUUUUAUUUUAGUCACAACUUCUAAAUAUAACGAGAAUUAUUAAUAGAAUUUAAAGAUGUUCGAGAAUAGCUCUGAGAACGGACACUUUCAUUGGGUUGAUUGGCUGGUUUUUGCUGCUAUGCUGACUAUAUCUGCUGCCGCUGGACUUUGGCAUUAUAGGAGUGCUCAGAAAUCGACCGUAGAAAAUUAUUUGCUUGGUGGAAGGAAACUAAGUCUUUGGCCGGUAUCUGCAUCCUUAAUUGCCAGUUUUAUAUCUGGCGUAACUAUUGUCGGAGCACCUGCAGAAAUUUAUAAUUUCGGUACACAGUAUUGGGUUACCGUGAUAUCAUUAUUUUUUUCCGGAGUUGUCAUUGCAUCCGUUUAUUUGCCUGUUUUCGUAACGUUAAGAUUGAAUUCGGCUUACGAGUAUUUAGAGAUAAGAUUUAACAAGGGCGUUAGAAUUUUAAUAUCGCUAAUAUUCGUAUUGGACGCGGUUCUCUAUCAAUCGAUAGUUGUCUAUGUACCUGCAUUGGCAUUAAAUCAAGUAAGUGAUAUCAACACAUACAUCGUCAGCGCUAUUAUAUGCGGAGUAUGCGUUUUUUACACUGUCCUCGGUGGCUUGAAGGCAGUAGUUUGGACGGAUAUGCUUCAAGUUAUAAUAAUGAUUCUAGCUGUAUUCAUCGUUACGAUCAUAGGCACUUACGAAGUUGGUGGUCCAUCCGAAGUAUGGCAAAAGGCACGAGAAGCUAAUAGAAUAGAAUUUUUUAACUUUGAUUCCUCUCUAUAUACGAGACAUACAGUAUGGAGUGUUUUAAUUGGUUCUUGGCUGUUUUCAACGGGAUACAUCGCUGUGAAUCAAACGAUGGUUCAACGAUAUACAUCAUUGAAAACUGUCAAGGCAUCUAAAUUAGCUAUAGGAAUAUCCAUUACGGGAAUUAUUAUUUUUAUUUCGUUAUGUUGCUGGUGUGGAUUGGUUCUUCUAGCAUGGUGGUCACCACCAAAGUGUGAUCCAAGGGCUAUCGGUCUAAUUAAAGCAGAUGAUCAAUUACUUCCAGCUUUCGUAAUGCAAACUGCUGGUCAUUUGCAUGGCAUACCUGGCCUCUUUAUUGCUGGAAUUUUUGGGGCUGCGCUUAGCUCUCUAUCGGUAGGAUUUAAUUCUACUUCUGUAGUACUUUUAGAAGACUUCGUGAAAAGUUGUUUCGGUUUAGAACCGAACGAACGUUGCUCAACGAUUUUGGUUAAAAGCAUCGUCAUCGUCCUUGGCCUAAUCGCAUUGGCUUUUAUCUUUUUCAUCGAAACAUUGGGUGGCAUUUUAGUGGUUACGAACAGUUUAAGCGCAAUUGCUGCAGGAAUUUCUUUUGGAGUUUUUACUCUUGGAAUGCUUUUUCCGUGGACCAAUUCUCAGGGUGCCUUCGUAGGUGCUGUUGUAGGAUUUUUAAUAGCUGGUUGGGCAUGUUUAGGAGCAAACAUAUCAAUUAGUUUUGGUGACAUAGUACCAAAAAAGCUUCCAGUACCAUUGACUCAGUGUCCAGGAAAUAUAAGUCAAACUUUUUUAGAUCAAUUUGUUCAUCACGACGAAGAAGAUAUAUUUGCUCUAUACCGAUUGUCCUAUCAUUGGUUUUCUGGACUGGGUACCGUGAUAGUAAUCGUAAUUGGAGGAAUAGUUUCUUGGUUUACAGGACCAAGGGAUCCUUCUUAUGUCGAUAGAAAGUUACUGUCUCCGGUUAUACAUAGGUGGUUACCUUAUCCAAAAUAUCAGAAUGAAGAAUGGUACCGAGAUACAAUUGAACCUCAAGCUUCGGUAAAUCUUUUAUUAAAUAAUAUACCGAAAAAAUUCAAACGCAAUAAUACAUCCGAAAAGAAAGAGAAUCAUUAUGACGUAGCAGUUUCUUGACUAUAUCCAAAUGCUAUAAAAAAAAAAAAAAAAACAAUCUAGAAAAAUAUUACACGUGUUGCUUCCUUAACUAUUUAAUACUUAAAACGCAAAGCUAAUGUUAUCGAGUGCAGCUGAUAGAACUUUAGAAUUUUAGCAUGCUGGAUGUAUAAUAAUUUAUACAAAAAGAACGAAGUGUGAAACGAAGAAAAAAUAUAUUUUUAUAUGUUCGUAAA